CAGAGGGACACCGGCGCCGCCAUCAUGGCGGCCUGAGGCGCGGCGGGCACGGCGCCGGGAGCCGCCGGGCGGGGAGGCCGUGAGCGGAGAGAUUGAUAACCUAGAAUGGCAGGAGAACAGAAACCAUCCUGCAAUCUUCUAGAGCAGUUUAUUUUACUCGCCAAAGGUACAAGUGGCUCAGCUCUGACUGCUCUUAUAAAUCAAGUGCUGGAGGCUCCUGGGGUUUAUGUCUUUGGAGAGCUAUUGGAGCUAACAAAUGUGCAAGAGCUUGCUGAAGGGUCUAAUGCUGCUUAUUUCCAGCUGCUGAACCUCUUUGCGUACGGAACGUACCCAGACUAUGUAGCAAACAAAGAUAACCUGCCUGAAUUAACAGCGACUCAGAAAAACAAGCUGAAACACUUGACGAUUGUAAGCCUGGCUUCCCGAAUGAAGUGCAUUCCCUAUUCUGUGUUGCUGAAGGACCUGGAUAUGAGGAAUCUGAGGGAGCUGGAAGAUCUGAUUAUUGAAGCGGUUUAUACAGAUAUUAUCCAGGGGAAGCUGGAUCAACGAAACCAGGUGCUAGAGGUGGAUUUUUGUAUCGGCAGAGACAUUCAGAAGAAGGACAUCAGUAACAUUGUUAAAACACUCCAGGAAUGGUGCGAUGGUUGCGAAGCAGUUCUUUUAGGAAUUGAGCAGCAAGUACUUAGAGCCAACCAAUACAAAGAGAACCAUCACCGAACUCAACAGCAGGUAGAGAUGGAGGUCACAAACAUAAAGAAAACAUUAAAAGCUACAGCCUCGUCGUCGGCACAGGAGAUGGAACAGCAGCUGGUAGAACGAGAAUGCCCUCCACACACAGAACAAAGGCAGCCCACAAAGAAGAUGUCCAAAGUCAAAGGGCUGGUCUCCAGCCGUCACUAGAACAUACCAUCUAAAUGUCAUUCAGCUAGGAAUGACAACAGGAGGAGCAAGAAAGGGCCUGCGUCACCUUUUUCAGUGGGUUCUGGGCCAGUCCCUUCCAGGCUGGCAAAUAAAAGCCCUGUUUGAAUACAGCUCCCAGUUAGCAGCACCUGGCUAAGUUACACUGUGCAGCCUCUAUUAACUUCCAGGGUGUCCCUGUUCUGGUCCUGUAAAGAGGAACUUCUAAAGAAAGGGACAAACCAAAAGGGGCAGGGGAAAAAAAAAAUAUCUGUGGACAGUUUUGCUCCCUCCCAGCCAGUCUCAUUGCUGCUUAACCUUGAGGAAGCUGCUGUACUAAAUCAGAUCUUGGGAGAACUUCUGUAGCAAGUGUCUGAAUCCCAGGGUUGAAGUGUGGCUGCCAAAGCCAGGCUGGGAGCGAGGAAGCCAUCGACACAGAUCUUUUAAUUCCCGAAGGGAGCGCAGAAGGGUUUCUAGACCAGGAACUGCUUUACAUGGAAGUCUUCAGCCUUUCCACUACCCCUGUCUAUUUUAAACUGGGGUGAAAUUCACGCUACCUCGCUCUGUGAAGAUGAGAUCCAGUGCUGGGCUGUUUACUUAACUGUCUGUUUACUGCCCUUACUAAGCCCUUUAAUCUCUCACAGAUUUAAAGCACUGUUCUGCAUCUCUGAGGCAUCAAUACAAUAAGGAGGAAGCAGGCUGCUCUUUCAUGCCUUCCUUCUUGCAGGUGGUUAGAGGCAUACUAGAAAACUGUUCCUUCUGAAUGUGAUGUGACCUCCCAGAGCUGCUUGUGAGUUGUUUUCCCCCAUUGAUCCCUUCAAAGGGUAAUGCGUUUGCUCUUCCUUGGAUGCUAGCGACAGUGGUCUGCAUGGGAGAAGAGCCCGUUUAGCAUCGUGACAGGCUGGUGGCCCAGGACCCACUGGCAGGGGUCGCAGCAGCAUCCCCUUGCUGAAGCAAUGGACUUGACUAGUAUUUCUGAAUUUUGAACACUUUCAGGUUGUAUUUUCCUCCAUUUUUUUUUUGUACAUUGUUGUGAUUCUAAAGCAUUUCAGCCUUUGUUUUGUGUUUUUUAUUUGUUACAGACUAACUUCAGGUGAUUUGCACCUAGUUUGUCAAGGUGUGGGUUUUUUUUCUAAGGGGGAGGGUGGGGUUGGCAUUGAAACAGGAAUUCACAAAAAAGCACAUUUUAGAAAAAAAUUAAAAAUGCUGAUUUAAUGUCAGAGUCUGGAGUCUUGGCUUUGAGGCUGCUUUAGGCUUGUAGUCCAACAGCACUUGUUCACUUGAGCAUUUACUUGAUUCUCAGUGUUACGUUAUCAGAAGGUCUGAGUGAUCUCCCUGAUACAUCCAGGAGGCAGGGAAGCACUCUUCCCAUUUUGUCAGUAGUUCUUCAUUGUCCAAAUUUGUGAGAAGAGAAGGAUCGGUGGCAAAGCCAGUAGCUGAGCCCAAUGUCCUGAGCCUAGAAACCAUGGAUGCCUGAUUGUGGAAGGUUCGUAGUUGUUCUCUGUCUUGGGCCAGUCGAUUCCUUCUUCUGGCCUGGCAGAGUACUGCUUUGUAAUUUGGCCCCUGCAUUUCACUCCAUGCUGUAAAGAGAAGGGCUUUCCGUGAGCGGGCAGGGGACCUGUUUAAGCAGAGAACUGUGACAAUGCUCCAGUCCUGCAGCCAGCUGUCACCUGCACUUGCUUGUGCAAUGCUUGUGCCUCCCUCUUAUUGCUACCAGAAGUCUUUGCCGUCUGCGUGUUUUCAGUCCUCAGUCAGAGGACUCGUUGUACACUUGUGAAAGUAAAUUCCUCUCCUUUUCUUCUCCUGCAGUGCAGGCACACCAGCUUUUAAUCUUGAGGGGUGGCUCUAAAUACCUCUCAUCCAGUUGCCUCUGGGUCAAGUCCCUUGGUUUCUGAUUCUCUGCCAGCUCUCUCUCCCCCUAGAAAUGCUAGCCAAAAAAUUCCUGGGGAAGGAUGUUAAGUGGAUAAGCCCAGAGCACGAAGCUUUCCCCUAUAUCUCAAGGGAACUGUUUCCCAAGCAGUGGCAGUACUGGUUUCUGUGUAGCUUCUCACGGUGUUUAGCUGACAGCUUCUCAGGAGGUGUAGGUGGACUUUAUGUACCGAAGUCUAAUAGGUCUGUGUGAUGGAAAUGGACAAAGUCUGUUUCUGGCUUCCCGUGUGGGCAGCUGCAGCGUACUGGUCAUCCAGUUCCUCACUAGAUUUGACUAGUGAGGGAGGUUCUGUGGUCCUCACUAGCCGUUUUUCCUUCCCAUUUUUAAUAUCUGUCCUGCAAAGAGGCAGGAGGAAUACAAAUGCCUUUGGAAAUCGUUUUAGCUCCUCGGCAAGCCACAGUCUGCUGGGGAAAUAGAUGUAAAUUUGGCAUUCUUGGUGUUUAUUGCCUGCCAGUGACAGGAGUCACUUUAGUUUGCUGAAGCUUCUUUAGUGUGUUGGAAGUUUUCAAGUUUGUUCUUGCGUUUUUCCUGUUCUCAAAGCCUGGCUGGGGGUGAAGAUCUUAUUUAUGCUUCAGUACACAUUGCCUUUGAUCAGCAAAGAAGCGAGGGAGGAAAUAGCACUUUGAAUAAAGAGCUGUCCCAUGCUGACGGUGAUAGAGGAUGGAGAAGGGAAUGGGGUAUUGGAGGGAACUGAGCUGUUUGCAUGUUUGCCUUUCCUGGUGUGCCAGCGACGCACUUGGUGCCGCAAAAGGAGGGGGGCGUCUUUGCAAUGAGCCCAGUCUGAGAUGAGUCAUUAACAAAUGACAUGCACAGAGUACCUGGGGGAGGCAAACAGCUCUGCGGCAGCUGGUUAAUGAAUCUGGCUUGAAGGAAAGAGGUAGAAGCUAUUCCAGGAAUGAAGCAGAAGGCAUAGUUGUUAACAGGGAAGGAUGCAGGAGGUGCUGUGCUGUUCGAGAAGGACAACAGAUAAAGACUGCAUUGGCUUCCUGUGACUGCAGGGAGGUCAGCAACUCGGAGCAGAGUUGUGUGAAUUCGGGGCUGGUGGGGGCUGAAUUGCAGACAGUUUUGACUGGGGAGUGCCUGGGGAGCUUAAUUGCGCUAUGGGGACGGGGGAGGUGGAAGCAGAGGUGGGUUUGAUACAAACUCCCAUGUACUGCAUGUGCCGGCUGGAGGCAGCUACCGCAGCUUGUCAGCGCUGCUGGACUCUGCUCCCUGAUGUGGGGAGAGCAUCCUGCCCUGCUUUAUUUUAUGACAGCAACGGGCUGCUCCAGCUGCAGCUUACUUCAAGAUUGCAGCAGGACAGAGUUUGAGCUAUUGAACUUCUGUUUGCUUCCUCCACCCGGAGGGAGACAAAGUAGAUGGAGCUGCCUUCCCUCUGCUCCUCAGGGCUUUAUUGUCUAGCUUCAUGUUCUGCAGCUCCACUUGUACUAGUGCUUGUUUUAAUAUGGAAUUGAGCACUGAGCUGGAAAAUGGAAGAGAGGAUCUCAGCUGAUUGCAGUGCUGGUAGACUGCCCUAGCCCUAAAGCUGUGCCUCAUGCUAACAAAUGUCCCUGGCAUUCCUGCUGUGACUCAGUUGAUACCAGCUAACAUCAGGCAAUUCUGGAACAUGAUAAAGCAAUACUGAUGUCAGUCUUUUUAAAGAAAAAAAGUUUUGGCUCAAAAUCUAUUGUUCUUUCACUUCCCUCCUCACCUCCUUAGAUAAGUUGAAUGCUAGCUUAGUCUUCUGUUGACAGCAGGAGGGAAAAUCACUGAUGCUGACAGACCCUUCUGUGUUCAGAUUUGAGACCAUAUCACAAUCAGUCUUGUGCAGACUUCUAAAAUCCCAUGGGUGCUUGUGGAGCUGCACACAGGCUUGCAGGUCUCUCUCCAUGGAUUGACAACAGGAGUAGGACCUGCAGAGCUGCUCUCCAGAGUGGAGCUUUUGUUCUCGCGGAUGAGAGUGGUGGUAAGUGAUGGCCAUUCUCCCACCAGCCCUGCAAAGUGAAUUUUGCUGAGCAGCUUCUGUUCCUGGAAGAAUGGAAAAUGAUACAGAACCCAGUGGGUGCUAUUAUGUGUGUUUUUAGUGUUCUGCUCAUCCUGUGAGGGGAAAAUGCAUUGGUCCACCUGCACACAAAGGAAGACGGGCUUAUUAAUUGCAGGGGAGGCAGAAGUGAGAGUGCCAUCAACUCUUGCUAGCUGUAUUAAAACGUAACAAAUGACAUGGAUGAAUCGGUCUUUUCCUAAACUUUCAGUUCUGUACAGGUUUUAUGUGAGUGCAUCUAAACUGUUUAGAGAGGCCUCUGAUUGGAAAACCAAAUAAAGCCUACCUCCUGCUGGGGUAAAACAGUCAAAGCUUAUGCAUUCCUAGGUGUGUUGGGGCUGCUGUUUGUUACUUCAGUAUCUGAGCCUGUUGCAAGCUUUGCAAUUAUUCCCCAAAUAAUGGGGAAAUGGAGAAAUUAAAGAACCUGCCCCACAAAUAUAUAUACCCAGCUAGCCAGAUCUCUGUCACUUACUCCGAUGCUGUUGGUUUUUUUCCCUGCUAAGUCCUCUAUAGCAUCUGACCUAAUGCGAGGGAACAAAAAAGCGAAACCGUCUAGCUUAUUUGUGUGUAACCUGAGAGAGUAACCCAGGGGCAUCAAGAAAGGUAAAUUAAAGUUUAGAGUGAUCUCAGUUCCUACUUGUAACCUCAGCCUUGUAUUUUUAUUAUGGAAUUUUAACCUGACAGUAUGAUUGGAUUUCUCGGCAGAGUUUUUAGAAAUGUGUCAUUGUUUCACUCUGCUCCGUGGCGAAGGUCGGUGUCUCUCAGGGACUGUUGACAUUUUGCUGAUAUUUCAUCAAGUUUGGCCCUACCACAGAGCUACCAGAGGUAAGGGAUUGAAGCUGAAGAGGUGUACUGUAAGGAGAGUGCGUAUUUACGCCCUAGCCUAGGCUGCACCCUGCUGCUAAGUGGCACUGUGGAGGUACCCCCAUCUCUGAUUAGUGAACCAGGCAAAGGAUUAGGCAAAGCAGCACUUUGCUCCCUGUCUCCGAAUACAUAGGCACGCGCGCUUCUUUUUCCCACAGAGUGUAGACCUCGUGAGAUGCCCCGAUGUAUUCGUUACAGAUAGCAAAUUGCAUGAGCGUGAUAGCUGUGACCAGGGGUUUUUCUUGUCAAGAAGGGAGGAUGCCCUCGCUCCAGGGAAUGAACGUGCACACUGGAAAUUCUAGGUGGUAACAGGAUGCUGUAAGGUCACCUAACAGUCCUGAAAGUUGUAUUUCCCCACAAAGCACGAAAGAAUUUGUGCCAGUAGCCCUUGCUUGGUGUAAUUUUAGUAGAAGAUCGGACACCCUUCCACAGCUCCAGGUCUCCUAUAGAGGCUUGUAAAUCUCAGUAUCAUUAGGCCAUUUUUCAAAUGCUUGUGCACAAGAUACCUCUGUAUUUCCAGAAGCGCUGAUUGUGGCAGGUAAGUGAAGCCUCGCUCCAUCAGAGAGUGGCCUUUUUGCGAGUAUUUUGAGCUUCUCUGACUGUAGGGUUGUAUCUUCAUGGGUAUGAAGUUUGGAAGUAGUGCUGUCUGGCCCUCCAGACUCUUCCUGAAGAUGCUGUUUAUCUCACCAAAUGCCCUAGCAUUUCAGUUGCUGUCUCGUGAUCAGCGCAGUCCUAAGGCUGGUUUGUGCUGAUGCAAUAAGUAACGUCUCGGUGUUUCAUUGUCACCUUCGCAGCUGUUAGAGAGCACCGGUUCCUACAGGAUCACCUGCCAGCUCUGAUGCUAUUCCUUUUACAUCACGACUGUGAGAUGACACCUCUCCUUGCUGGCAGACAAGGCAGGUGGGUAGGCAUCGCUCCUCAGAGCUGUUCCGCAUCUAGGGAGGUGCAGGCUGUCACCUGGUUUAGCGUAAUGGAAAUCAAGGACAAGGACAGCGUUACGAAUAAGGGACAAAGCGCAGAGCUGUGUCCUAUUCCAGCUCUGCUGCAGCUGCAGAAAGCAACUUUGGGCAAAUGAGCUCCUCCACAGCUGCGUUGCCCAGGACAGCCUCUCUCUUCUGUGCUGACUUUGUGAAAGAAGUUUGCAAAGCGCUUUGGUCUCCUGGCUGGGCAGAGGUUCGUUGCUGAUGGAACUGAAGAAGGUGCGUGUGUACGGAAGGGGGGAAUCUUAAAGCUUUUUAAGCUUUUCUUAGAAAAGUCAUCUUCCUCCUGUGUACCCCACCCUUCUUUUCCCGUGAUGCAAAUAAGGUGGUCCACCGUGGCAAUAUCGGCCUGGAGUAUUAUGGGAAAUAUGCCAGGUUAAUUAUGGAGGGGGCAGGAAAAAUAGCCUGUGCCGUUUUCAACAAUAUCAAAGGGAUGCUACCUAAUGAUUUUCCUAUUAGUUCUUUUCCCAGCCUGCCAGAGCCACUGCAGAAGUGUCAUUUACAAAGGCAGUUUGCAACUCAUUACCCUGGAUUUUCACUGUAGUUCUGCUCCAGAGAGCGUGGGCUUUUGCUGUGUGCCCCAACCUAAUGAAUUGCCUGAUUCGGUUAGUGCUGCCAUCCCUUCUGACAAGGUUAGUUGCUGACUGACAGGAAGGGGCCUGGAUUCAAUUCCCUUUUUGUUUUCGACUCGCGCUUGUGUCAAGCGCAGGCUCCCUCUGGAAGCUGCCCUGUGAUCCCUUCCCUUUGUUUUUCUACAUUCUGAGGGAAGCAGCCCAUGCUUGGAGAAGUCUUAGAGCAAGUGGCAGGGGCCUGUGUGCUGCUGCCCCUGGCAGUCCCUGCUCAACACCUCAAGUCCCUUUCCAGCUGGAAAAUUCCACUGCUGUCCUGCUCUGGGGCUCUGGGCUUUUCUUUUUCUUCAUUGGUUUGGGAUUUGCUGUCACCUGUGCUGGGCUUUGUAACCCUUCAGCAAUAAAUACCUUGGAAAAGCCACAUUAAUGGUACCAGGGAAAAACAUGCAAUGCGGGCUGGGGGAACAGAACUGAUUCCCACACGUUAGAGGGCAACUGUGUCCCUGUUACCGGAGCUCCAAAGCCUGUUUGGGCUUUGCAAGGCACUUGUACAACAGCACUGGAGAAAGCUCUUGUCCUUUUUCACUAGAGAGCAGUGUGUUUUUUCAGGCCGUGGGCUUAUGGCUCGUCUCGUGCUGGGAACAGCUGCUGGAAAGGGGAAAUCAAGGCAGUUCCUAUGUCACGUCUCAAGUGCUGCUGCUUGGAAGCUGAAUGUGGCUGCGGCUCGUUCAGCUGGUAGAGCAGGAAACGUGUAGGUCCUGUGGGUGCUAGGUUUGACUUCAGUGUGGACAGUGGAGCCUGGGACUCCUGCCACCCUCACUUCCAGGUGUGUGUAUCCACCUCUGCGAAAUGCCAUUCUCGGAGCAUGCUGUUGGGAUGGCAGAUGCCACCCCCUGAGGCUGCAGCUUGCAUCCGGGACAGCUCUUGAUGUUCACUUAUGCUGUCUCCAGGCUGGGAUGUGGCGAGGGAGUUUUCCAGUGCUCACCCUGGAUCCUUUUACUGAAUGUCGUGAGGAUUUGACCUAGCUGGCCCACAAAGGAGGCAGUGAUGUGAGAUCAGUUUGUUUCUGCUGCACGUGAUGCCUCCUCCCCUCUUAAUUAGAUUCCUGUGGCCCCUCUCUUUCCUGCUGGCCUUGUUUCCUACUGAGCCCCUGUCAGGGAGACCCAAUUGUGGCCUUAUCAGGUGCUUGCUGGGCUCUAAUGAGCCAUUUCCUAUUCUGGCCUGUCUGCCAAACCGAUCUGAAAACUGACCUCUACUCGCAAGGCCACUCUGUGGGCGUCAGACCCACCGGUCUGGCUGUGCCGUGCGGGUGCUAAGGCUGAGUGUAUCCGAAGGUUUUCCCAAGUGCUCUUUCCCUCCCCGAGUGCUGCCUUCUCUCUUCCACAUCACCUCCCACCCCGACAUGGGCGCAAUGUUCCUGUCCCGCAGGUGGGACACCAGCAUGCUGAGGGCCAGGGUGACUUAUCCCUGGUCAGAGCGGAAGCAGUCAGGCGAGGACCCAAGCUGUUAUCCCUCCCUGUGCACAGGGAGCGCUUGCUCUGGUUGCUCUUCUACCGAACUAAUGCCCUUUUGCAAUGCAGCUUUGUCCUUUUCCUCGGGCUUGCUCUUUUCCAGGAAGCCCAGCAGAUGGAAGGAACCCAUGCUGUGGGGCUGCGCUGUUCCCCUCGGACUAUGCCGCAAAGGAGAAAUGGGAAUCCAGACUGAAUGUGACCCCAGGCUGGGAUCUCUGGGAGUCCCCAGCCUGAGCUCAAGGUGGUGCCUUGCAUAAGUUGUCAUGUUUUGGGGACCGAAUUCCUGAGACCAAGUUCCCUCUGCUCUGUUGAGGAGAGGCCCUCUGUCACCAGGCAGAUGGUUUUAUUCCUGCUGUGGCUCUGCAGGGGGAAUUGUCCCCACCUUCGUCCCAGCCUGGCACUCUGUUACGGUGACUACUCUGGCUUCAUGCUCAAGGACCAGGACCCUGAGGGGGACCCGCAGUAGCAUCUUCUUGCACCACUGUUCAGACCUGGUGUGUAAGGUCUGCACAGUAAGUGAUUCCUUAUUGUCCCUUUGGUUUGCUGGGUGACAGCGGGCAGUCCCCUCUGAUGGCCAUCUCUUUAGGAGCUCCUGGCACAGCCCCUCCUUCCCUCUAGAGGUGUGCGAGGCUGGUAGGGUCACCUUCACAGGCGUUGUAUUUGCCUUACAGAGCCCUGACUGUGGGUUGUCAUUACCCGUGGACAUCUCUGGAGGGCUCCAGGUGACCCUGAGGCAGGGCACCGAGCUGCCAGCUGCCCAUCCUGCCUCCCUCCCUCCCAGCCUGGCCUCCCAGGUCUUGGUUUUGUUCCCCGUAGGUAACGACUUACGUAGUCCAUCAGCUGCUGCUCCGCGUCCGGCGGGACUCUCUGGGCACCAUGAGGUGGGUACCUCUCUGACGGAGGCUUUGCUUGUACAAGGCUAGGAACGUCAUAUGCACGCUCCUAACCUGAUGAUUGAGCUGUCAGGUGUCUGGAUGAAUCCUCUUGUUCUGUGAACCUAAUGUUCUCUAAUAGUUGGGGAGAGUCUGGCUGGAGGUUUCUAUGGUUUCCUGGUGGUUGCUAAGGAAUAGGAUCUCUUUGCCUCUAGGUCUUGGUGACUUUCUUUUUGCCCUGUCCUAGGCACCGGAGCCCAGCAGAACAUAAUGCUCGUUGUUUCCCAGCCCACUACAAUGGUCAGGGCAUAAUUUGUGACUCCCGUCACGGCUGGGCUGGGCGCCUGCCGCUCUUUUUUUUUCUUUUUUUUUUUUUUUUUCUAAGGCCUCUUUGAAGAACGAGACCAAAGAGCCUUCAUGCAGGAGUUUGUGUGUUUGCUGCACUCCCCGCCCCCUCGCUUGCUGUUGCCUUUAGAGCUCCGAGUCAUUUUAACGAUUUAUUUCAUGCACUUUACAUAGCAAGAAGCUGUAGCAACAGCUGUGCCCAUGAAUCCUUAACCAGGCGGCCCUCAGUAUAUUUUGGUCUGUCUAUGUAUUGUCCCAAGCGCAGUUAAAUAAAUCUCUGCUGGAGGAAGGGGCUUUACAGCUUAGUGGCGAAGGUUUGGUGAAUGGGAAUAUCAACAAGAUACUUAAGGAGCUGCUGGAUCCUGGAAUAACGACACCUCCGGCAUAAAGCUCCGUCCCCACUGGCGCAGCCGGAGGCCAGGUCCAGCACUGUCUCUGUUGCUGUCGGCAGGGGCUGCACCUCUGUACGGCGCCCAGUGAUACAGCUUUAUUUACAGCACAAAAUUUGGACCCCAACCUGCAGGCUGGAAGCAGAUAAAAGGCAUCUAGGCCACAUUCGGCUCUUGUCGUGCUGCUAUCUAUCGAUCCGGUGCUCGGCUGUUGAACAUCGUGGGCUGAUUUCCGCAGGCGCCAGUGGGGAUCUGGGCGAUAGAGGAGUUUCCCGAGGCCGCGUGCUCUCGCAGGGAGCUCAGCUGGGUUCUGCAGAGGCUUGGAGCCGCCCGCAGCGCCGGGCAGGAUUUGGUCCAUCACAGCAUCGCAGGAUUGGGCACAAGUUUACUUUUGCAUACGGGAUCAAAGCUUAAAAUAUCAGCUGGCCUUUCUCUCGCUCCUGACUUUUCUAAAGCAUCUGAACAAUUCCUGCUUUAACUCUGUUAAAAUCAAUCAAUCUGACAUCUAAAUUGUAUGUGAAUUUGAUAAAUAAAGACAGGUUACAAAAUGCCA